AUGAAUAUACCUGAAACGAACGAGUACAACCUCGAGGAUACAACGUGUUGCCAUCGAAUGACGCUUUGCAGUUCAUUAAUACGAAACAUAGUUGUAACGAAGCCGGUGUCAAAGUACCUCGGACAACGCUUCACGUGGCUAAGCUUGUUCUGGUUCGUGACUAGCAUGACGAUCGUGUUAAUCGGUUGGGCCGUUUUGUAUUUCUUGCUCGGUGAAACGAUGCUCCCGCGCAACCACGGUUUCUGUUUAUACACGCUCGUGAUCUUUUCUUAUUCGCUCGGUUGGUCCUUGUCGUACAUCCCUUACCUGAAUCUUCCGCCAGUGUUCGGAAUGUUGCUGGCCGGUCUAAUCGUUCGCAAUUUCGGACUCUACGAUAUUCACGAGGACCUCGGUGUCGCUGUAACUUCCAAGAUCAGAACGUUUUGCUUGACUUUUAUCAUGAUUCGCGCGGGGUUGCAAUUAUCGAUAACCAGUUUGGGGAAACACCCAAUAUUCCUGAUAAUCUUGGCCAUCCUUCCCUGCUCGGCCGAGAUGUGCGUUCUGGCUGUUUGCUGUAGAAUCAUUUUAUCGUAUCCCUGGGACUGGUCCUUUAUGACCGGGGCGAUACUCGCCUGUAUGUCACCGGUGGUCACUGUCAACUGCAUUCUACCUCUGGCAGAGAAAGGCUACGGCGAAGACAAAGGACUUGCUACGAUCCUCUGCACCGCUGCCUGUAUCGACAAUGUCCAUAUCGUUUCAUUCUUCGCAGUUUGGUACUCUGUCGUCUUUGGAAACAAUAAAAAUAGAACCGAAUGGUGGUUUUACAUACCCGUUGGUCUUCGAGAUUUUCUACUGGGCAUCGUGACGGGAGCUAUCUUGGGAAUUUACUUUAUCUUUUUUCCGCAUCGUAGUCACAAAUACGCGACCUGGCAUCGUAUGAUCGGCCUGAUACUAGGAUCCUUGAUGUGCACCACCGCUACGGCAAACAUGACCAUUUCGGGCGGAGGGUAUCUAGCAUGCAUGAUUCUCUCUUUCUUUGCCGUCACCGGAUGGAGAACGUUGUCUGUUUCAUUCGACUCGAGACCUUUUCGACAAGCGGCGCAUAUCCUUUGGUAUCUGGUACAGCCAAUCUUGGUCGGUGUUAUUGGUGCUGAUAUUGAUCUUACGGAUUGGUCCAUACCCAGAUUAGGUCUUCAUCUUUCGUGUAUGCUCAUAGGACUGACGGCACGAAGUAUUGCCACGUGUUUGACGACCCUUCGGACACAGUUUACAUGGAAGGAACGAUUGUUCGUCGUUGCGUCUUGGUUACCAAAAGGCACGCUACAGGCAGCUCUGGGACCAAUGGCAUUAGAACGGGUGCGGAAUAAAAUGCAGUCCGAGAACAUCGAAAUAGCCCUCGAUGUCGUGAGAAUAUCCGUGAUUACCAUCUUAAUCAUGGCCCCGAUCGGUGCUUUCGUUGUUACUUUCAGCGGCCCGUUUCUACUUAACAAGAUCAGUGAAGAAGAACGUCAACGAAAUCGUGAGUUGAGCUAUUUGCGAGUACUCAGUCUUCAACCUGCCCAACCGGACGAACAAGAAAUAGAAGCAGUCUAA